AAAUGAUUUAGCUCAAACCCAACUAAGUAAAACAAAAUGUUAAAAUAUUUUGUAUUAAGUUUAUUUGCAUUGUCUUUAACGUGGCAAGCUUUCGGCGAGGACUCUGAUUCGAAAGAGUCCGAAUUUGGUGUUAGUCAAUUCAAUGAUACCGAUGGCAAUAUAAUACCGAGACCACGUUAUGCUCAAUUGAAUAUUAAUGACAAAACGUAUACAUUUAUAUUCAUACCUGUCAAUUGGUAUACGGCCGUGGAAAUUUGCAAUUCACAAAAUCAAGUUAUAGCCAGAGUGACCAGUUCCGAAGAGAGUACUAAAUUAUAUGACAGUUUAUAUAAGAAUGGUCUUGUAAGAGCUGAUUCCUCUUUUUGGUUAGGCGCUAGUGAUUUGGGCCAUUAUGGCCGUUGGUCAUGGAUUACCACAGGACGUCCAGCUUUAUAUACUAACUGGAGUCCCGGUGAACCCAAUAAUCUUUAUGGCAGAGAACAUUGUCUAGAAUUGCAAGGUAAUGGCAAGUGGAAUGAUAACGAUUGCGAAAAUCUAAAACAAGUUGUAUGUCAAAAUCGUCCUACUUGUCAAUAAUUGUAUUCCAUAUUCAAAGGUCUAAUAAAAUCAUUAAAGCAAAUUAUA